AGUUGAAUCAUAGGAUUAACGAAACUACAAGGAACAGAAGAACAUAAACAAACGAAACAAACAACCUUUCUCUCCCCCAAAAAUUGCCGUACCGUACGUUUCUCCAUGUUAUGUUUGUGAGAGAUUGUGUUUGUUGUGUUACAAGGGAGAGAAUUUUUUGUAGAUUACUCAUUCCAAAGAUCUAGGUUUACUUUUUACUCUCCAAAUUAUCAAUCUUUCAAUCUCUGUAAGUUUUUUCAUCUUCCUUCAAGAUCUAUAGAUCUACCACAUAAUGUCUCAUAGGAAUAAUGAUUCUAAUUAUACUUCAAUACCUGUUAGCUCAUCAUAUCUAGAAUUACAACCUCAACAUCAACAUCAUAAAUCAAAUUCUUUUCAAAGAUUGUCUUUUGACGAGUCUGGUGGUUUUUUAGGAUCUAAGGUUGUUGUUAAUCAUAAUGAUAAUGAUAAUGAUGAUGAUAAUGAUGAUGAUGAUGAUGAUGAUUUAGAAAUUGAUAUUGAUAAUUAUCCUCUUGUUAUUGGGCCUAAUCCAAAUCAUGGUUCUGGUGUACCUGGUGCUGUGUUCAAUUUGACUACUACUAUUAUUGGGGCAGGACUUAUGGCUCUUCCUGCCACAAUGAAAGUUCUCGGUGUCGUUGUAGGGAUUGUGUUGAUUAUUUUGAUGGGAAUUUUGUCUGAAAUUAGUGUCGAAUUGUUGGUUCGUUUUUCUGUUUUGUGUAAAGCAACCUCUUAUGGUGAGGUUGUUCAAGAAGCUAUGGGAAGGCCUGCUAGGAUUUUGUCUGAAAUUUGUAUUAUUUUGAAUAAUGCCGGUGUUUUGGUGGUUUAUUUGAUUAUAAUGGGUGAUGUUAUGUCCGGUUCGGUUCAUCAUUUAGGGGUUUUUGAUCAGUUAAUGGGGAAUGGGGUUUGGGAUCAGAGGAAGCUUGUGAUUCUUGUUGUUAUGGUGAUUUUUCUUGCACCUCUUUGUUCACUUGAUAAGAUUGAUUCGUUGAGUUUGACUUCAGCUGCGUCGGUCGCUCUUGCUGUCAUGUUUGUCGUCGUUACAUUCACUGUUGCUUCUAUUAAGCUUGUUGAAGGAAAGAUUGAUACUCCUAGGAUGGUUCCUGAUUUUAGCUCGAAAAAGGCUAUUUUGGAUUUGCUUGUGGUGAUUCCAAUCAUGACAAAUGCAUAUGUUUGUCAUUUUAAUGUGCAGCCGAUAUACAAUGAGCUUGAAGGUAGGUCACCGCAGAAGAUGAACCGAGUAGGAAGGCUCACCACAACUUUGUGCAUUCUGGUUUAUGCUGCAACAGCGGUGUCUGGUUACCUAUUAUUUGGGGAAGAUACUGAGUCUGAUGUCCUGACUAAUUUUGAUAAGGAUCUUGGAAUUCGGUUUAGUUCGGUCUUGAACUAUAUCGUUAGAGUUGGCUACGUUCUCCAUUUGAUUACUGUCUUCCCCGUUAUUCAUUUCUCGCUACGCCAAACGGUGGAUACCUUGGUGUUUGAGGGAUCGGCUCCUUUAACAGAAAGUAGGAAAAGAUCAUUAGGGCUGACUGCGAUUCUGUUGGUCCUCAUAUAUAUUGGUUGUACCAUGAUUCCAAACAUUUGGACAGCUUUUAAGUUCACUGGCGCAACGACGGCGGUUUCAUUAGGUUUCAUAUUCCCGCCUCUUGUUGCAAUUAGAUUAGGUCAUAAAUGGGAGUUGAGCUAUGUAGAAUGGUUUUUAUCAUGGUUAAUGUUGGUAUUGGCUGUGACUGUUAGCAUUGUAGGAGUCAUCGGCAAUGUCUAUAGCCUCGAGAGUAAGUCUUAGUAACACUUUGUAUUGGUUAAUUGUUGCAUUUCAUAGGAAUCAGGUGGUAAUUCUAAGUGCAAGGCAUAGGAAGGUGAUUUGUUCAUUGGCUCUGCUGCAUGAGACUCGAGUCGAGCAGCAAAAGAUAGCCAAUGUGAGGAGGACCAUUCUUUAAUGCGGGAUAAACAUUUUUUUUUCUGUUCUGCUGCAGUUAUGAUGAUUAAGGUAUGAGAUGUACAUGAUGCUUCAAAAUGCCUUGAAUUUGAGAAUUGAUGAUCAGAUGUGUCAGUGUGAAAAGAAUUUUGUAGCGGAUUUGUUCGCCAUGGACAUAGCUACCUAUACAAGUUCUGUCAAUUCAUGAUGACAGUUCUAUUAUGAUUUUUUUCAUUAAUUUUAUAGUAGAAUGAUGUUACCACUCUCAGUAACAGAUUCUUACAACUGCUUAAAUGAGAUUUGUUUCAUUUUCAACCAGAAAAUAUGUAGCUGGUUUACAUAUACCAAUGAUUACUUUUUUGAACAUUUCACAUUCGCAAUAUUCAUAUACUUGAAACACUAA